AUGCAGUGCUUGGAAGCUGAGCGGGAGCAGGAGUUGCAACGCCAACACAACCGGCCCGUGAUCACCUCCGGGGACAUCGUCAAAGUCGUGUACAAGAACGCCACGCAGCCGUCCAGGCCGCUCAAGUUCACUGCCGUCUGCGCAGUCGUGCGUCACAAGGGGCCGCGCACGUCGAUGAUCCUCAUGCGCUCCAUUGACGGUGAGAUCGUGGAGUAUGACCUGCCGCUCUACAGUCCGUGGCUGGAGGACAUUUCCGUCGUCGGCCGCGUCCGGCCCGAGAAGAAGUACCUCCGGAGCCGGCUGUACUACCUGAAGAGCGACGGGAAGAAGAACAAACGCUGGUUCCUGAUCAGGCCGCCGCACGCGCACUUCCCGAAGGAAAUCAACAACCGAUGA